AUGAACUGGAUCUUCUUGGAGGGUCUCCUCAGUGGGACUAACAAGUACGCCACAAGGUUUGGUCGAAUCUGGCUUGCCAUUGUCUUCAUCUUCAGGCUCUUGGUCUUCUUGGUGGCUUGUGAAAAGGUCUGGGGCGACGAACAAAAGGACUUUGAUUGCAACACCCGCCAGCCUGGUUGUCAAAAUGUCUGCUAUGACCACUACUUCCCCAUCUCUUACACCCGACUCUGGGCUCUCCAGCUGAUCUUUGUGACUUGUCCAUCCCUUCUCGUGACUCUCCACGUUUCCUACAGAAAAGACCGGGAGCGUAAGCACCGGCUAAAGUACGGAGAAGACUGCACACCUCUGUAUGAUAACACAGGAAAGAAACGAGGGGGUCUCUGGUGGACCUACUUUUUCAGCCUGCUGUUCAAGAUAACUGUGGAUGGCGUGUUUGUCUUCCUGCUGUUUUACCUCUACGAAGCUGCAUUCUUUCCUCCACUGGUGAAAUGCAGAGAAGAGCCAUGUCCCAAUGUGGUGGACUGCUACAUUGCGAGGCCAACGGAAAAGAAGAUAUUUACUGUCUUUAUGGUGGUGACCAGCUUUGUGUGUAUUUUCCUCACUCUUUGUGAGGUGUUAUAUCUGUGUGGGAAGAGGUUCCGGGAAUGCUGCAAAAAAGGACCUCGCUCCAUGAGAGACAACUCCUUCAUGAUGACCAGAGUUCCUCUGAGUGGUAAUGAAAACUCAGCCUACAAAGAACCGGUUCUGGAGAAGAGUGUGACCAAUGGAGAACCGGGCCAGAAGGGUUCAGCCCCGCCCUACACCAUAGCCUGA